UAUCACAACUUACCAAAUAAAAAGAUUUGAGUGUCAAAAAUUUCCGCUUCCUUUGGCUAGCUGCUCAACUGGCUUAACUUCAUACAUAAUUGUGGCGGCAAUGCGUCACUGGAGGUGCGACAUCUUGCACUCACUGUCAGAUCACCAUCAGCUCAAUGGGUGAUUGGUUGUAGGGUGUUAGAUGUUGCACUAGGGUCCAUGCCAUUUUGUGGGAAACUCUCCUGCAUGCAAAGGUUGAGUAUCACAACUUGCCAAAGAGAAAGGCCCUUUGACUACGUACUCAACUGGUAAACUAGAUUCAUGGCAAGCAACGGUAUUAACCCCUCACAACCAUCACUCCCACUCUUUGAAGGAGCUGGGUAUGACAUUUGGAGUAUAAAGAUGAAAACUCUCUUUAUUUCCCAAGACCUAUGGGAUUUAGUAGAAAAAGGUUAUUCAGAAAUUGGUGUUUCCGCGGACACACUCAAAGAGCUCCGGAAGAAAGAUGCCAAGGCGUUGUUUUUCAUUCAACAAGCUGUGGCUGAAUCCAUCUUUCUCCGAAUUGCUGCAGCAACAAAGUCGAAGGAUGCUUGGGAUGCAUUACAGAAUGGGUAUCAAGCUAAUGCUAAGAAACAAGAAAAAACAAUGGAAGAAGGCAAGCCUCUAGAAGAACUGGAGCAGAUAGUGUUAGAGGAGCCAAGAACUAAGAAUGAGAGGGAAAUAAGAUAUGAUGAAUACCAAUAUCCCAGGCAUGAUACCGUCUUACAAGAUGUGUUAAGAGGUGAUUGGCAGGCUGUUCAGGAUUUUCUUAAGGAAGACCCACACUAUGUUCGAGCCCCCAUAUCGAAAGAUCAAGGGACGGCACUCCACAAUGCGGUGGUUGCAGAAAACACCACUUUAAUAAAAGAAUUGUUGAAAUUGAUGACUCCGGAGGACUUGAAAUUGACUACCACAAAAGGAGCUACGGCCCUUCACAUUGCAGCUCAAUCAAAAAAGGUGAUAAUUGCUGAGCAGUUGGUCAAAAUCAACAAUGAACAGCUAUUGAUCCGUGACUCCGAUGGGAACAUACCACUCCACAUUGCAGCUUACCACGGACAUCGAAACAUGAUUUGGUAUCUAAUCUCUGAGACUCCUUUUGAUAAGUUGACUGCUAAUGAUCGCACUAAGCUCCUGCUUGAUUCUAUUUGCAAUGAUAUAUAUGAUAUAGCAUUACAAAUUUUGCAAAUGGAUCCAAGCAUAGCAACUGUCGAUACUUCAGAUGGGCCAUGUGGGUGGAGAGCUUUGGAAAUGUUGGCCAAAAAACCUUCUGCAAUUGGCAGCGAAAGUCGGCUAUCCUUCUGGAAGAGAUUCUUAAAUACCUGGUUCAAAGGGAUCUAUAACAAAGUUUUGAUGAAGACAUUAGCUCAUCAAUUAGUUGAAGACCUUUGGGAAAAGGUUAGAACUCAAGACAAACAGUUCUCAUCAAACUUGUUUCAAUAUCGGGAGACUUUAAUUUUUAAGGCCGCAAAAGUUGGAAAUGUUGAGUUUCUAAUUAUACUGAUACAGUCUUAUCCAGAUCUUAUAUGGCAAUUAGAUGGAGAUAACAUGAGUUUAUUUCACAUUGCUAUUUUAUAUCGGAAAGAGAGUGUGUUCAAUCUAAUACAUGAGAUAGGUACUAACAAGUAUUGCCUUGCAUCCAUUAUUACUUCUGAAAAGAAAGAGAACAUGCUGCACUUAGCUUCAAGAUUUUCUGAUCAUGAGGAUGAAAAAAAUAUUGUACUUGGAGCUUUUCGUAUGCUAUGGGAGUUGUGGUGGUUUAAGGAGAUAAAAGAGAUUGUCCCGCCGUCCUACUCGAGCUUGAAGAAUAAAGAGGGCAGAACACCUCAGGAGUUAUUUAAAAUGACACAUAGAACUUGUAAGAAAGACAGUGAAAAGUGGAUUAAGGAGACAACACAAAAUUGCAUGGUUGUGGCGACAUUAAUUGCGGCAGUAGCUUUUGCUGCAGCCUUCACUAUACCAGGUGGCAAUAAUCAAGAAACAGGCACUCCUAUAUUUUUGAGAAGUAACUUGUUUACAUUAUUCUUGUUAUCAGAUGCAAUGGCAAUGGUUACCUCUUCGACUUCCAUACUAGCUUUCAUGUCAAUGUUCAUGUCACGUUACACGGAAGAGGAUUUCUCCGAGUCAAUACCUUCAACCUUUUUAAUUGGACUCUCCGCGCUCUUUAUGUCCAUUUUGAGUAUGCUGGUAGCCUUCUGCACAGCUUUUUUUUUGAUGGAUAAUUCUGUAAGGGCGCCACGGGUUCCGAUUGUUGUACUUGGUUUGGUCAGUAUCUCAAUUACUUCUCUUGUUCUGCUACAGUUUGAUCUUUUGGUGGAUGGAUUCCUACAUUUAUACAAGUACAUAUUUCGUUCUCCGCUAAUUGAACGUAGACUUUUCAAGCGGAAGAUGCCUACUCGGAAUGAAAAGGAAUGAAAAUCGUUGAAGUUUGCAUGGAUGUUGAACAAGGAAGGCCAAGAAAAGAAUUGAGCAAAUAAAGACUGAUGUUCUUCGUAACUAUUUUCAUCAAGACUUACAGUCUAGUGAUGUAUACAUAUUCGCAUUGUUUUUUGCUUUGUGAACCCACAACUCACAUAUUUUGUAUCGAUUUAUCAAGUGAUUCACUCGUACUUCAUCCCUUUCUUUGACUUCUGUUACUUACACCCGAUGGAUGA